AUGUGGGAUCGUUUAAAAACGAGCGAAUUCGUAAUGUUUAAUGUCAUGAAUUUUGUUUUAUCCACAACAGCAACUUUUAUUUUUACAUCAACAAUUUAUUGCAUAAUGCCUAACUCAUCACAACUCACGUACACGUACUGGUGUUUAAAACAAGGAAUAAAUUACGCUUUUGCACGUUUUCAAUUCUUCUCUAAACAAGCUUAA